AUCUCUUCCAAACAGCUGGGUAUGUUUCCAAUUUCAGCUGAUCAUUGUUUUUGGGUGGUGCAAACUACGUGACAUACUUUUAAUAUUGAUGGAAUUAACGUAGAUUGAUUAGAGGGUCCAUUAUUAGUAUGUGAGGAUGUUCAAUAAAGAUUAGAGAGAGUAGGGAAACAGUAGAGCGUAGUAUAUAUUGGUGACGUAAUAAGAGAUCUCGAGGUCCAUGAAAUCGUGAAAACAACAGAGCGUCGGGAAAAGUGGCAUUAAGUUUGGGAAGUAAGGGGGGCGUUUUAAAAAUAAGUCUGGCCUCAAAUAGCGAGUCGUCGGGUGACGAAGGUGGACAGCCGCCUCGCAAAAAGUCCCGAAGAACAUUGGCGAUGCAGGCCAGCAAUGGAUUCGCGCAAAACGGGGCCUCGGCCGCGUCCAACGGCACCGCAGCCCCAGAGAACGGACACCAGGACCGGGAGAACGGAAUCGAGGCCACCUCCAACACAAAGGCAAACGAGGAAAUCGUCCGAUUAAUCGGACAGUACCUCAAAAACGAAGGACUCAGCAAAACUUGCGAUGCUUUAAUGUCAGAAUCCAAAUGCCGUCUGGACCAUCCGGCGGCGGCGAAAUUCCGCCAACAGGUGAUGGACGGCGAUUGGACGAAAGCCGAUCACCAUCUGCAAGAACUAAAAACAAUGUUGGGCCCUGAAAACAGUAUUGUGGAGAUGAAAUUUUUGAUAUUGGAGCAGAAGUAUUUGGAGUACUUGGAGGAUUCUAGGGUUUUAGAUGCUCUGCACGUAUUGAGGAACGAAUUGACUCCUUUGCAGCAUAACACUCAGAGAGUGCACCAGUUGUCGAGCUUUAUGAUGUGUUCAAGCACUGAAGAGCUUUUAGAAAAAACUAAAUGGGCUGGCAAAGGCCUUCGUUCAAGGACAACUCUGAUGGACAAGUUGCAAUCCUAUCUGCCUCCGACAGUAAUGUUGCCCCCAAACAGGCUCAAUGUGCUGCUCAACCAAGCUCUAGAGCUGCAAACGAUAAGAUGCACCCACCACUACACUUCUAUCGAUGUUGCCUUAAAUAACUCAUCCCUAUUGGUCGACCAUUGUUGCCCUGUUGCCGAUUUUCCAAUGCACACAGUACAGGUUCUUAUAGACCAUUGCGACGAAGUUUGGUUCUGCCAAUUCUCGCCAGAUGGCACCAAGCUCGCGACGGGUUCCAAGGACACGAACGUCAUUAUCUGGGACGUGAAUCCGGAAACGUGCACGUUGUCCUUGAAAAACAUCCUGGAAAAUCAUCGCCACGGCGCUGCCUACUUGUCGUGGAGCCCGGACUCUACGCAUUUAAUAGUUUGCGGGCCGGAAGAAUGUUCGGAGAUUUAUCUGUGGAACAUCGAGACCGAAAAGUUCUUGAAGGUUACUCAGUCGCCCGAGGAUUCUUUGACAUGCUGCUCGUGGACCAAGGACGGAACCAAGUUUUUCGUUGGCGGCAUCAAAGGUCAGUUCUAUCAGUUCGACAUGGAGGGCAACAUGCUGGAUUCGUGGGAGGGGGUAAGGGUUAACGGAAUUACCUGUAGAAAAGAUGGGAAAACAGUGUUAGCCUCUGAUACCCACCAUAGGAUUAGAUCUUACGCUUUUGGGGAACUAAUUGAACAAUUGGUGAUCCAAGAGAACCACCCCAUAAUGUCCUUCACGGUCGAUAAAAAAGACAGGUUGGCACUACUGAACAUCGCUACUCAGGGUGUCCACCUGUGGGAUCUCGACGACCGCUGUCUGAUACGUAGCUACCAGGGUGUAACUCAGGGUCACUUCACCAUACACUCGACCUUCGGCGGGGCCGAUCAGGACUUUAUCGCCAGCGGAAGCGAAGACAACCAGGUGUACAUUUGGCAUAUCAGGAACAAGCUGCCGAUCGCGACGUUGCAAGGUCACACCAGAAGCGUGAACUGCGUGGCUUGGAACCCCGUCUACCCGCAAAUGCUCGUUUCCGUGUCGGACGACUGCUCGAUACGCGUGUGGGGCCCCAAAGACAAAAUUCCCAAGCCGUCAGUGUCUUCUUCUUCAAACAGUGAUUCUAGUAACAACGGUACAUGGAACGAUAUGGUUUCAUAGUACUUGUUUGAGUUUAAAGACUGAAAAUCGAAUCAUCAUGCGUAUAAAUAAGUAUAAAACAAAAAAAAACGAAACAUACAAAAAAAGGCCGACAUUUUUUUCUACGAAAAGCAGUGACUUUGUUUUUGACGAUUUUUUCCACAACAACUGUUUUUUUGGCCGACGUGGUUUUAUUUUUGUUAGGUUGGCAUUAUGUAUGUGAGGGGCAUUGCCAAUUUAUAAAGUGACGUACACAAAUUUUCUAUAUUUUGAGUGAUUUUUUUUUAUUUCUUAGUACUAAAAUUGUGAAAUCAAGGUUUUGGUAAAUUAUUGUAACAUAAAUGUACCUAUUAAAUAUUUCUGGUACAAAUAAAAUGUUUUCUUUUUUUAUCUACAAAGCACUGUAUGGUUCUUAAUUGAUAAAUCACCAACUAAAUAAAUAAUCAUGCAUAGAGAUAAAAAGUAUUUUGUAAAAUUUUUCACAUUAUUUAAUUUUAUGAUAGUUUUUUAUUAUUUAGAAAAAAUUGUGUUAAUUUUUUGUAUUUUUGAUACAUUUUCUAUUGGAUUUAAAAAGCGCCAUUUUUGCAUUAAGAGUUUUUCCCAUUUUAUUUUGUUUUAUUUAUUGUUAAAAAUACAGUUUAUAAUAAAAAUUUAAUAUUUAAACGUGUUAUAUUAUUAAAAAAAGAUUUUUUCACUCUAGUCUUGAAAUAGGUAAGUUUAAAUUCUAAUUUUAUUAUAUGCUGUAUUUCAGGUUCAAAUCCGUUAUUUUCACUUCUGAAGAUUAAAUGAACUGAAUCACCCUGUAUAUUACAGAAAAUCACUACAUCUUGUUUCCUAUCAUAUAAUUAAAUUUUAAAGGGUGAAGUUCUUGUUGUGGGGUUAAUAUAUUCUAAGAAUAGUGAUUGUGGCUUGAUGUAGUAAGUUUUUCAGAAGUUUUAUUAUAAAAUAGAUUUUAAUAAGAGUUAAAAAAUAUUUGUAAAUAACCAACAUAUUUUAUACACAAUUAUGUGAUAACCUGCAGUUUAUAUGUUGAGUUCAAUCUACCUUAAAAAAGCAAUAAUAAAACACAAAUCUGCCAGUUCUUCAUAAUUUAUUGCUUUAUUAUCAUAAUUUCUUAUUUAUCAAGUAUUUUAUAGGUUUAAGAUAAAAUAGGACACAGUUUGGCAAGAUUGUGUAGGUUGGUAAUACAAAAAAUAAUUAAAUAGAUGAUAUUUUUAAUUCACGGAUUAAUAAAGUAUUGUAUAAUAACAA